GCGACUAGCGUAGCCUGGAAAGUUUGUAUCUCUUUGUGACUCGACGAAGGUACUGGUGAAGGAUGGUUCUUUUCUCGGAAGACGGGGUAUUGCGGAUUUUCAGCUGAUAAUAAGAAAGCGGUGCAGAUAGGACAUGACCGUUUACAGCCGCUCGGUACCACUGGGCCACCCUGCUGCGGGUUUGGGGUCAGUUUAUCCCGAAGCUGAAUGGAGUUUUCGUCGUUAGACUCGGCGUAGUCUGGCCUGUCCACCAAUAAAAACAAACCCACUCAGAGGAGACUAAACAUGAUGCCUCCGCAUUAAGAGGACUGAUUAUCGAUACCUGGAUUGGCUUUGUCGGUCACUGUCAACAUGUCUGACCAAAACUACUACUGGACCGUGUUGCCGAGCUACAAAACGAGUUUUGUUCCUGGAGCCAUGAUGAAAAGAUCGAAGGGUUCCCGGAACAACAAGAGGAGGAGUUUGGCGGUUGGGACCCCAUCGCCCACCCUGUCACGCCCACUUUCACCUCUACCACUUGCCACAGCUGGCAGCAGUCCUUCAGAAAGCCCCAGGAACGUCUCUGCCAGCACCUCCUCCAACUUCCAGUUUGCCCGCAGAAUCUCCCCUGCCCCUAGCACAUCGUCUUCUUCCCACGAGCUGCUGCACCAGUUGCCCUCUCAGCCAACUCAAGAUGAUCUUCAUCUCCUCUUCAAACAUUUCCGGAACACCGAGAGUGUGGCCGAUGAAGAAGGAGCCCACUCAGCUCACCCUGUCAGGGUCCGAUCGCGCAGUCUCAGCCCUGGGCGGACGUGUGGAUCGUUUGACAAUGAGAUUGUGAUGAUGAAUCACGUCUACAAGGAACGCUUUCCUAAGGCCACAGCCCAGAUGGAAGGGCGGCUGCUUGACAUUAUUUCUGAGUACUCUCCAGACACCGCCCUCCCCCUGGCUGACGGAGUGCUGGGAUUCAUCCAACACCAGCUGGUGGAGCUCGCCAGGGACUGUCUGGACAAGUCCCAGAACGGCCUGGUCACCUCCAGGUACUUUGUGGAGCUGCAGGAAAAACUGGAGAAGCUGCUGCACGAGGCAUAUGAGCGUUCGGAGAGCGAGGAGGUGUCAAUCAUCAUCAAGCUGGUGAAGAAGAUUCUCAUCAUCAUCUCCAGGCCUGCCAGGCUGCUGGAGUGUCUGGAGUUUGAUCCUGAGGAGUUUUACCAACGUUUGGAGGCUGCUGAGGGUGAAGCCAAAGUAAGCCAGGGCAUAAAAACGGACAUUCCCAGAUACAUCAUCAGCCAGCUUGGCCUCACCAAAGAUCCUCUGGAAGACAUGGUCCACCUCGAGCCAACGAGUCCGAGUCAGAGAACAGCCAGCAGAGAAUCUGAUGACUCCAGGGAGGCAACACCUGCACAGAGCCGAGCAGCCUGUACCCCUCCUCGCAGGAAACCACUGGAGAGUGACUUUGAGACUAUAAAGCUCAUUAGUAAUGGCGCCUAUGGAGCUGUGUAUCUGGUGCGGCACAAGGAAACUCGUCAGCGCUUUGCAAUGAAGAAGAUAAACCGACAAAACCUGAUUCUUAGGAACCAAAUCCAGCAAGUUUUUGUCGAGAGAGAUAUCCUGACCUUUGCUGAAAACCCAUUUGUGGUUUCCAUGUUCUGUUCUUUUGAGACGCGAAGGCACCUCUGCAUGGUCAUGGAAUAUGUUGAAGGUGGGGACUGUGCCAACCUGUUGAAGAACAUCGGUCCUCUCCCUGUGGACAUGGCCAGGAUGUAUUUUGCAGAGACUGUCCUUGCUUUAGAGUAUCUUCACAACUACGGCAUUGUGCACAGAGACCUCAAACCUGACAAUUUGUUAAUCACCUCCAUGGGACACAUCAAGCUGACAGACUUUGGUCUGUCAAAGAUCGGCCUGAUGAACAUGACGACCAACUUGUAUGAAGGACACAUUGAAAAAGAUACCAGAGAGUUUAUUGACAAGCAGGUGUGUGGUACUCCAGAGUACAUUGCUCCUGAGGUGAUCCUGAGACAGGGCUAUGGGAAACCUGUGGACUGGUGGGCCAUGGGCAUAAUCCUGUAUGAGUUCCUUGUGGGCUGCGUGCCGUUCUUUGGAGACACACCAGAGCAGCUCUUCGGUCAAGUGGUUAAUGAUGAGAUCAUUUGGCCAGAAGGAGAGGAUGCAUUGCCGACUGAUGCCCAGGAUCUCAUCACCCGACUGCUACGGCAGAACCCUUUGGAGCGUCUUGGAACAGGUGGAACCACAGAGGUGAAGGUGCACAUGUUCUUCCUGGGCCUGGACUGGAACGGUCUUCUGAGACAAAAAGCUGAGUUCAUACCUCAGCUAGAGUCAGAGGAGGACACCAGUUACUUUGACAUGCGUUCAGAGCGGUACUGUCACGUAGCCUCAGAUGAAGAUGAUGAAACCAACGAUGAUGAAUCAUCUCUGGAGCUCAGGCAGUUCUCUUCUGUUGCCCAUCGUUUCAGCAAGGUGUACAGCAGCACAGAGCACCUGUCCACAUCCACCCCGUCCAAUCAGAGUCUAUCCUCUUCGGAGCGAAGCCACAGUGAGGAGAAGGAGGAGCGAUGGGACGUCAGGGGGGUCCCCUCUCUUGGUGAUGGACACAAACACUUGGCUGGUGGAGACAAGAGGGCAGAUGGACACAGAGGGAGAUGAUUCAUCUGGUCCUCUAAGUCCCAAAUCAUCUUUGUCGCUGUCCUCCAACCCCUCAUCCAGAGAUUCGUCCCCCAGUCGGGACCUGUCCAUCAGCAUUAGUUGUCUUAGACCUCCAGUGGUCAUCCACAGCUCUGGGAGGAGGUUCGGCUUUGCUCUGCGAGCUAUCAGGGUGUACAUGGGAGACACUGAUGUGUAUACUGUCCAUCACAUGGUCUGGUGCGUUGAAGAUGGCAGUCCAGCGCACGAGGCAGGACUGAGAGCCGGUGACCUCAUCACUCAUGUCAACGGGGAGUCGGUCCAGGGCCUGGUUCACACUGAGGUGGUGGAGCUCCUGCUCAAGAGUGGGAACAAGGUGACCCUGCAAACAACAGCACUUGAGAACACUUCUAUCAAGGUGGGGCCCGCCAGAAAAGCAAGCUACAAAGCUAAGAUGGCCCGACGGAGCAAAAAGAGCAAGAAGAAAGAUGGACAAGACAGCACACGGCGUCGCAUCUUUAAGAAGCUGUCAAAGCAUGCGCCCCCACCCCCCAUGCAGAGCAGCCGAAGCUUCUCCUCAGGCUUCCAGCAGUCGUCCAGUGACAGCCUCUCUGGUUCCCCCACGCAGAGCCUGUCUCCAGGACCUUCCACACCCUGCCGGUCCCCCGGCCCCGACCACUCCGGAGAUUCCAGCUCCUCUCCUUGUUCUAGUUCUCCAAACUCGCCCAUACCUCAGGCUCGUCCCAGCUCGCUCCAUGUCCACGGUCGCUACACCAAGGCCGUGCGUUGUAAGUCCACCAGCAGCAUCCCUCCUUCGCCUCUGGCCUGUAUCCCCCCACCUCAGCCCCUCUCUCCUCAGUGCUCUCCAUCCUGUCUCCAGAGUCUUCCCAAGUCCCUUCAGGGUUUCCAUGGAAAGACGUUGUCUCCUCCCACCGUCACCCGUCACUCCAUGCGUCCCCGGAGUGUAGAACCGCCCCGCUCGCCACUGCUGAAGAGAGUUCAGUCAGCGGAGAAGCUGACUGGGGACAAGGUGGGGUUGGGGGGUUACCAUGGAGACAAGAAAGCUUACAGCACCCGCCGCCACACCGUGGAGAUGCCUCUGUCUGAAGGGGAGGGGCUUGAGGAUGAAGAGGGAGAUGCCACUACGAGGUUCGUCUGUGUUGGAGAGCACGGUCGCCAACGGUUGUUCAUGGGGGUGCAGAAAGACGAGCAGGACACAGCCGGCGGGGGCAGCAGCCACCAUCUUGCCCCCAGCUCACCUCAGCACUCUGGAGACAGCCACCAUUCAAAAGAGAUGAUGAGAAAGCUGGCUCUGUCGGAGCGCAGGGACUCCUUCAAGAAGCAGGAGGCUGUGCAGGAGUUGAACUUUGACUUGGAGGAGAAAGAAGAGACGUCCAGUCCACAGCUCCCCUUCACCCAGCCAAAGACCUUUAAGGUCUCCACUAUCAUCCCCUCCCAGUCACAGUCGACUGGGAGGCUGGGAGGAAGUGGAGCCACGCAGCAGAAGGCAAAAUCCAAAGGCAAAGAAGGGUUUUAGUUUUCCUGAGGUUCCUCUGCUCUAAACGGAGGCUUGAGUCUCACAACCCUGGACAGGUUUACCCAGAACAUCACGUGGAACUAGAAGAACAUCAAAGAUAACGUCAACAUCUCAGUAACUCCAUCUCGUACUGAAAAAUGACUGAUUACUUCCCAGUUCUCCAAUCACUGGGGCAGCCGGGAUGCAUUCUGUAAAUAUUUAUUUCUUUACAGGAAGAAACUUAUUUAUGGUGUUUUAAGUCUCU